AUGGCAGAUGUGGAACCGUAUCAAGACCCCAUACUCACGCUUGUGCAGGACUCAAAUCUUAAUAGAGACCAUGCCAAGUCAUCACAGCUCAUCAAGUUGAUACGAGAAAUUAGUGAACGGAAACUAAAUAAGCUCUGCUCCACAUGUUUUGUUAUUUUGCAAACACUAGAUAAGAUCCAACUCAAAUUCAAAAGUUGGGAGUUUCUCUCGCUAGAUUACAACUCAGAUACACACUUUGUCAAUAAUGAUGAUAAGAUCAAAAUCUUCAACACUGGUGUUGCGGACAAGGUUAUCGUCGCAUGCACCGAGCUCAAUAUCAAAAUGGUGAAAAUCUCAUCUGACAUUGAUUUGGUGAGCAAACUGUCAAAACUACUAUCCGUGAAGGAUUUGAUGUCCGACGAGGGAACAAUACUUACGAGCCUUUUGCUACGAAUAAUCAAGUCAAAAAAUGAAAUAAUUGAAGAAUUGUCAAUCUUUUACUCCAAAGCAAAAUUGAUCUUGAUUGGAAGAGAUUUGGAGAUAUUAAAUGAAGGUGUAGGUGUAGGAGCCAGAGGAGGCAGUGAAAGCGACUAUAAUGAAGGGGAAGCAGAUUACGACGAGGAGAAAGAUACAAUUAAUUAUUACAAGACAUUUAUUGUUGAACUAUUACGACAGUUGAACGAUGCCAUAUUGGCCAAUGAUUUUGAUGCAAAAUACGAAUGCUUAGCAGUGAUUAACGAUUUGGAAAAGAUGUUUGAAAAGUAUAAAAUGGAGAGGAUGAUUGAUAAGUCUAUUGAAGAGCACGAGUAUCAGCAACAAGAGGAAGCACAUCUGCGAGAGUUGAACACAUAUGGAAAGAGAGGCGACACACGACAGCACAAUCAUGGUAGCCAGCCAGGCCAUCAACGCCAUCAUAACCACCACCACCAACAUCAUAAUAGUCCAGAGCACCUUGACCCCCACGAUAAUUUAGAAUCUGCCGCUACAACUGCUACAACUGCAACAGACCCACACUCAAUAUUUGACAUGGACAAUGACGGAGCGUCGCCGUCAUCUUCUUCAUCAUCGUCAUCAGGCUCACAUAUCCCCGAGGACACAUUUUCAGAGUACUCUCUCUCGUCAUCGAUUCAACUACCCAUGGUCCGUUCAAUCACCAAUACCAACCACAAAAAUAAUAACCAUCAGCAGCAGCAGCAGCAGCAGCGUUCAAGAGCCGAUUCCGUAUACAGCUAUGGAUCACACAGUCUUUACAAAUCUACCAUUUCGGAGGAGUUGCCAUAUUUGAUGACAGCAUUCAGUUCAGCCAAGAAUUUCAAGGAAGAUGUUAGUCAUUAUAAACAAGAGGAAGAGCAAUAUGAUUCAGAAAAAGAAAACAAAACUAAAGCAGAAAAAAGGAUUAAAUCAAAGGAGCCAAGAAAGGAGGAAACCGUAGAGGAAAAACCAUUCCAAAAAAGACCAUUUUUCCAUAAAGCACUGAACCUCCCUAAUUCCUCGCUAUACUCAGAAACUAACUUUGUUCGUUCCCAGCAGCAAUAUCAGUACCAAAAUCAACAGCCAAUGAUGAAUCCUCUCAUGGGUAACUCUUUAUUGAGGACACUAGGUAUAAGACCACAAGUGAUUAGUGUUCCUGAAGAAUCAGUGAGGAAAGAAGAAGACAGAGAGAUGCAGAGGAGGAGCAGUCCGAGAAAAGACCUGAGACCCGACUUGAAAGUGAUUAAAGAUGGACAUGUUGCCACGAAACGCAAGUUACUUUUGACAGAGGAAAAUAUCGGAUACUUGAACAAGGAAGUUAUUGAUUGA